AUGGGAAAAUUUUUCUUAUUUCUUCUGCUCGUGAUUAUAAUCUCAUUCACGAAUUCUCAAUGUUGUCAUCAUCAACAGGAAUUUGAUAAGACAAACAAAAUACUCCAACAGAAGAUAUUAACAUUUUUAGCUACUUUACAACCGGGUGUAUGUUCGAAUAUCAUAUUAAAUAAAACACAAACAAAUUUAUUUUCACCAAACUUGAUUGGUCGAUUUUUACCACAGGGUACAUUCAAUGCAUCGAUACAAGCAUUUGAAUAUCUAUAUGGCAUAUUUUGUGAUAUAGAAGGUUUAUUACAAAGAUCAAAUACCGUUCAAUCAACAGAAUUAAGACAAAUUACAUUUGAUCAAAACAAAUAUAUAUGUGGCCUUGAAAUAAUUUUAAAUUUAGCACCAAAUAAUCUUAGUUUAACAUGUUUUGCAUUUGUUGCAUUUGAUCGUGAUAAUAUGAUAUGUGGUUAUGAUGCACAAGUAAGAAAUAAUGGACUUACAUUUAAUGACCCACCAGAAACAAAUGUUCCAUUAAUUGAAGAAGUAUGUCAAGCUGUUCAAGAAAUAUGCGAAGGUAGUAAUCAACAGUAUUCAAGUCUUGAAGUUUGUAUUAAUUUUAUGACUAACCAAAUACCAUUUGGUACAUACGAUCAGGGUGAUCAAAACAGUGUUGUUUGUCGAACAAUUCAUAUUAAGUUAGCCUCAAUAUCGCCAGAUAUACAUUGUCGUCAUGUGGGAAAAACAGGAGGUGGAGCAUGUACAAAUAAAACAUCACAAUCCUACUAUCAAGAUGAUAAUUUUAUGAAAUGCGCACAUAAACGAAAUGAAGCGUGA